AUGAGCGAAGAUUUAUCGAGCAACAGCGAUGAGAAUCGACUAUCUGACGAUUCCGGAGAGGAACACAUCCCUUCUGAACAAGAGUCGGGUACCGACAGCGAUUCUGGGGAGAAAACAAGUGAGAGCAACAAUGAUAGUAGUUCCAGCUCAGAUUUCGCGCCAGCGAAAAAGAAAAAGAAGCGUGAUUCCAACCGUUCUGAACGAGACAUGGUCAUGAAAGUUAUUCAAAAUAACCCGGAUGAUUUUGGUGUGCGUAGAUCAGCUCGGCCCGUGAAAAAAUACUCGGAAGGCGACUCAGAUGAUGCUUCGUCUGAUGACAACUACGCACCUGUGCAGAGAUACACUCAGCGCGCCGCUGCGAGAGCAGUCAAAGAAGUCGAUUACGGGAUCAGCUCUGAAGACUCCGACGAAGAAGACACCAAGAAAGUUACUCGUGUCGAAGUCGACGGUGAUAAAAUUGAAAAAGUCCUCGAUUCCCGCGACGGUCCCGUUGGCUUUACCGGUGAUCAGACGAUUGCAUACAACGAGGACGAGCAGAAAAAAGUGUACCUCGCUGAAUACGAUGGUGAAACUGAGAAACAAUAUCUCAUCAAAUGGCAAGGCUGGUCGCACUUACACAACACUUGGGAAAGCGAGAAGUCCAUAAAGAAUCAAGGAGUCCUGGGCGUCAGGAAACUUGAAAACUUUAUCCGCAAAGAACGCGAAAGUGAAAAAUGGUUGAAAUAUGCUUCGAAAGAAGAAAUCGAGUUCUACCACGUUCAAAACGAAAUGGAACGCGACGUUUUUCAACAACACGUCCAUGCCGAGCGCAUUAUUACCAAAAGGACCGUCGAAAAUGAAGAUGGUUUCGAAAAGACUGAAUUCAUGAUCAAAUGGAAAGGUCUUCCCUACAGUGACGCAACAUGGGAAGCGGAUAAUCUCGUCGAAGGACGAUUCCAGGAACGCCUAGCCGAGUACGAGCAUCGACUUCUUCAUCAAAAAUUUCCCUCUGCCAAUAAUUCCUUCAUGAAACGACCCAAGUUCCAUAGAUACAAAGAACAACCUCACUUCCUUCCCGAAAGUUUGAGUCUUCGAGACUAUCAAAUAGACGGUGUCAAUUGGUUGAUGCAUGCAUGGUGUAAGGGCAACUCUUGUAUUCUUGCUGAUGAGAUGGGACUUGGAAAAACUAUCCAAACUGUCAGUUUUGUAUCAGCGCUUUUUCACGAUCAUGAUCGGGCUGGUCCAUUUUUAUGCGUUGUGCCGCUCUCCACUCUUGCUCUCAGAGAGACGCAGCUUCUGAACUCGGUCCGAUGGAGCGUGCUUGCCAUUGACGAGGCACAUCGUUUGAAAAACGACGAGGCAAUGCUCUACCAAGCCCUCAAUGAUUUGAAGACAGAGCAUCGUCUGCUCAUCACUGGUACUCCAUUGCAGAAUUCCUUGCGCGAGCUUUGGUGCCUCCUUGAUUUCGCCAACCCGGAUCAGAUGGGACCUUGGGCUGAGUUCGAGGCGAAACACGAAGAGGACCAAGCCCGUGGGUUCACUGGUCUUCACAAAGAGCUUCAGCCCUUCCUCUUCCGACGUGUCAAGAAGGAUGUUGAAAAGUCGUUGCCCGGCAAAAUCGAGCAGAUUUUACGAGUCGGUCUUUCGAAGAAACAAAAGAAAUACUACAAAUUCAUUCUCACGAAAAACUUCAAAGAGCUUCAAAAAGGUGUUCAUGGCUCGAAAUCAUCGUUCACGAACAUAAUGAUUGAAUUGAAAAAGUGCUCGAAUCAUGCAUGGCUGGUGAAAGAUCCUGAUGACCUGGACGAGUUUGAUCAGAAGAGUACCGAAGAGAAAAUCGAUCGAAUUCUCAAAGGCUCUGGCAAAAUGAUGUUGUUAGACAAACUGCUUCGUAGGCUGAAGGAAAAUGGAAGUCGCGUAUUGAUUUUUUCUCAAAUGGUGAUGAUGCUGGAUGUGAUUGGAGACUACAUGGCUCUACGCCGGUACCAGUUUCAACGCCUCGAUGGCAGCAUCCGAGGUGAUCUUCGCCAAAGGUCGAUGGAACAUUUUAACGCCACAGACUCGGAAGACUUUGCUUUUCUCUUGUCGACUCGUGCCGGUGGACUUGGAAUCAAUCUUGCGACUGCCGAUACAGUUAUCAUCUUUGAUUCCGACUGGAAUCCACAGAAUGACUUACAAGCACAAGCUCGAGCCCACCGAAUCGGCCAGAAGAAGACAGUGAAGAUCUAUCGUUUUGUUUCGGCGAUGUCUGUCGAGGAAGAUGUCAUCGAAAGAGCAAAGAAGAAAAUGGUCCUUGAUCAUCUCGUCAUUCAGCGAAUGGACACUUCUGGAAGAACUGUCUUGUCGAAAAAAUCCGAUGCAAGUAAAAGCAUUCCCUUCGAUAAACAGGAGAUCACCCAGAUCUUGAAAUUCGGCGCAGAAGAACUCUUCAAAGAGGAAGAUGAUGCUGAGCCCGAGUGCGACAUCGAUUUGAUUCUUCAGCGCGCUGAGACGACGGAAACCGAGGCUUCCGGGAACGCGCAAACGAAUGAACUCAUGUCUGGUUUCAAGGUCGCGGACUUCCAGUUCGACGAAGAUAAACUUUGGGACGACAUUAUUCCGGAGCAUGAGCGAAUUCGUCAGGCAGAGGAAGAAAUCGCCGCACUUGGUGAACGUAGGGCGAAGUAUAAAAGCAAGAACACGAAUGAUGACAACGAGGACUUCGAAGCGGAUGAUGCGAGUGAAGGCAGCAAUGAGAGUAACUCAAAAUCCCAUCGACUUCCGAAUUGGAGGGAGCUCAAUCUCACUCACACUAAAGCGUUCCUCAAGAGCAUCAAAAAGUGGGGUUACGAGAAAAAAGAAAAAGUCAUGGAAGAGAAUCCUAAAUUCCCGCAGAACUUUAAUUAUGAUGGAGCUGUGAUGGAACUCGUCGAGUCUUUGAUUCAAUGCGACAACCAAAACAGCAAGAGCAAGGGCAAAGGGCAGAACUUGAAGCUGGGAGAGCAGCCAGUCCCCGUCAAGGUCACCUUAGCGAGGAUUCGUGCGCUAUCCGCUCUUCACAAAUUACCCGAACCUAUCGAUGUCGUACCGUUGCCGAGAAAAGUGAGGCCGGUCACAAACUGGACUUGUCACUGGGUUGAGGAUGAUGAUCGACAACUGUUGAAAGGAGUCAAGCGUUACGGCGUCGGCGAAUGGGAGAAAAUCAAGGCUGACGACGAAUUCAAGCUUGCUCAUAAAAUCCUGCCGCCAUCAGAAGAUGCAUCGCCUCAAAGCCGCCAGUUAGUCACGCGCUUUGAUUACGUGAUGAGCCACUUUGUCCGCGAACAGGAGCAGAAGUCGUCCAGCAGCAGUAUGUCAAAGUCGCAAUAUCCGACAAAGAAGCGAAAAUCUGUGGCUGGCCGCGAUCAUUCUUCGCGACGAGAAUCGCGAAUGGAGAUGGACGAAAACGACCCUCCAAAGAGUGAUAAAAAACGAAAGUCUUCUCUGCAGUCAAAUGGCAAGCCGGAGAAAGAGAAGAAAAAGUCGGAAAAGGCGCCUCUCCUGGAUAAAGACAUAAAGCUCAAAGUUCUUGCAGAAGAGUUAGAUCCAGCGUGGUUCGACAAGUGCAAGAGCGCCAUGAAGCCCCACAAGACCGCCCGCCACGCGCUGAAAGCUCUCCAUUCCGCGGGCAACAGCGAAAGCCGCAUCAAGAAAGUAAUCGGCGACAUCGGCGUCGCCAUCCGCAAAAUCAGCGAUCAACAAGGUGCCGAGCGCGCGCUGUGGAAGCACGCUCUUUGGCGCUUUGUCUCGCAAUUUUCACACGCGACGGCGGAAACGCUCGUCCGCUGCUACGACAGUAUCGCUCACAAAGCUCCUAAAUUGCCGAAAAUCGUCGACCGGACGGAAAAGGGGAAAGUUCAAACAAAAGACAGAAAAGACAAGAGCUCCAGUCGCGAGGAAAAGCCAAAGAAGCCAAAGCCGAAAGACUGGAAAGAGCGCAGCUACCUAAAGAAGCCAAAACCUGACAAGCCUCCUUCGAGUUCUCCUCCAAAAACAUAG